AUCUUUCGCUUUUGGUCGUUUGACAAAAAUCAUUCAAAACGGCAUAAACUUGGCUAGCCGUGGUUUUCACUCAAAUGACGUGGUUUUUAAAGUGUCUUACUUGAUUUCUUAGCCAAAUACAUCAAAUAAGUGUUUUAAACACUUGGUUUUUUAUUUUGGAGAACUUUGAAUUUUUCGGUCGGGUUUCACAUCGGUUGGCUAGGCCGUGGUUAAGGCAAAAACCAUGGGUUCUUGACUAACCACCCACCCAGCGAUGGGAAGAUCUUCCCAUCGAUGGGUAAGCGGCCCCUCAGCCAAACCAGUUUCCAGAACCAUGCCAAACAGCGAUGGGGAGUUCUACCCAUCGCUGUUAAAGCCUUGGAAUAGGUGAAGGGCAAUCAACGACACGGCCACCUCUUUUUGAUGGAACCAAUUCAAUUAUACAUAUUGGAAAGAACGAAUGAGAAUCUAUAUUCGUUCCACAAACUUCCAAUUAUGGUUGGUUAUCAAAAACGGGGAAGAGGUGCCGAUGAAGAAAGUUGGCGACAAGUUGAUCCCCAAGACCGAAGACGAGUUUGAUGCCAAGGACAUCAAAAAGGUCGAGAACUAUGCAAAGGCAAUAAACAUGCUUUAUUGUGCUGUAAAUCCUGAUGACUACCGCAAGAUCUCCUGCUGCUCAACCGCCAAGGAGAUGUGGGAUAAACUUGAGGUGACGUACGAAGGAACGGACCAAGUACGUGAAGCCAAGAUUGACUUCCUCACCCAAGAAUAUGAGAUGUUCAGGAUGAAGGAGCACGAGAAGAUCGACAACAUGUUCGACCGAUUUUCCAAGAUAGUCAACGAUCUUCAUGCAUUGAAGAAGACUUACACCGACAGGGAUCUUGGAAAAGGCAUAGCAUUAAAAGCCUCCAAAGAACCGGCAAUGAAUGACUCAAGCGACGAAGAUGAAGUCAAGGUUGUCAUGAAGAAGUUUUGUAAACUUCUACGAAAGAAAGAGAAAGUUGAGGAUGGCCCUGUGUGCUAUGGAUGUGGUAAAGCUGGGCACAUCAAGAACAAAUUAAUGCCCAAGAAGCGAAAGGAAUGCUCGUCACUUCAAAAAGCAAAGAGCAUACAUCUCGUGGGUUGGAGACUCCGGCGAUGAAUCAAGCGAACAAGAGGAAGAAGAGGAAGCAAAUCUUUGUCUCAUAGCUCAAGAAGAAGAGGAGUCCGCCAACAACGAAAACCAAGAGGUACGUAUUUCUUCUACCGGUUCUUAUUCUCUUGAAGAAAUGCAAGAAGCUCUCCAAGAGCUUUAUGACGAGUUUGUUAGCGCUUCUAAAACCAACAAAGCUUUAAAGAAACGUUUUUCUAAUCU